AGAAGAAGAUUAGUUUCAUCACGAUCUCUGUUGUUAUGUCGGGAUGAUGGUUUAAUAUAAAAACACUUAGAAACGUUUCUUUUAAGGGAGAAAAUCAGUUUUGAGUCAGGUCAAUAAAAAACUGUAAUAUUUUCGUCCUCACAGUCGUGACUAAGUUUUGAAUCAAGCAGAAAUAUCUGGAGGAGUAUCAUCUGAACUGAGAUCUGCUGCUGUGAAAAUGAUGUUUGUUAAAGAAGAGAGUGAAGAGGAGACGAGUGAACCAGAAACCAGCACAAUAAAACACAAGGAACCCGAAACCUGGAGAAUAAAACAAGAGGAACCAGAAACCUGGAGAAUAAAACAAGAGGAACCAGAAACCUGGAGAAUAAAAGACGAGGAACCAGAAACUUGGAAAAUAAAACAUGAGGAACCAGAUUAUUUGAUAGUAAAAUAUGAGGAACCAGAAACCUGGAAAAUAAAACAUGAGGAACCAGGAGAAUUCAUUGAAGAAAAAGAGAAUGAAGAAUUGAGUGACGUUGAGGAUCAUGUCAAAACUGGAGGAAAACCCUUGAGUUCUCAAGACAAACAGAAAGAUUUAAAGAAAAGAAGAGCCAAUAAAUCUUUCACCUGCACCCAGUGUGGAAAGAGUUUUAAACAGAAAACAAGUUUUGAGUGUCACAUGAGAAUUCAUACCGGAGAAAAACCAUUUACAUGUGAUCAGUGUGGGAAUAGUUUCACACAAUCAGCACACCUUAAGGAACACAUGAAUGUCCACACUAAGGAGAAGCCACAUUCAUGUCGUUUGUGUGAGAAGACUUUUAGUUCAGCGACCCGUUUAAAAUUGCAUGAGAGGAUUCACACUGGAGAAAAACCUUAUAUGUGUUCACAUUGUGACAAGAAAUUCAUUCAGUCAGUACAUCUGAAAACACACGAAAGAAUCCACACUGGAGAAAAACCUUACAAGUGUUCUCACUGUGACAAGAGAUUCAAUCAUUCAACACAUCUGAAAACACACAAGAUGAUCCACACUGGAGAGAAACCUUACAAGUGUUCACACUGCGACAAGAGAUUCAAAAAGUCAGGAGACCUGAAAACACAUGAGACGAUCCACACUGGAGAGAAACUUUAUAACUGUUCUGACUGUGACAAGAGAUUCAAUCAGUUAUCAAAUCUAAAAAAACACAAGAGGAUCCACACUGGAGAGAAACCUUAUAUGUGUUCUCACUGUGACAAAAGAUUCAAUCAGUUAUCAAAUCUGAAAACACAUGAGAGGAUCCACACUAGAGAGAAACUUUAUAAGUGUUCUCACUGAUAAGAGAUUCAAUUGGUUAUCAAAUCUGAAAACACAUGAGAGGAUCUCCACUGGAGUAAAACCCUAUCACUGCAUGUGGGAAGUAUUUCAUUCAGUCAUUUGCUCUACACAGUCAUACAAAAAAAAAAAAAAAAAUCACAGUAAGGUUCAUGCUGCAGAAGCUACUGAUCCUAUUACCUUUCCUAAACAGUAGAGCUGUACGAUAUUUACAGUAUUUUUUUUCUGAAAUGUAUAUUGCAAUAUGUAAAAAAGAAAAAGAUCACCAGGGGCCCGUUUCACAAAGGAGGUUAAGUGAAAACUCUGAGUAUGUUAACCCUGAAAUGAGGGAAACACUAGGUUUUCUGUUUCAUAAUGGGAGGUUUGUCAAACCCGAGAAAGCACGGUAAGUCAAGCCCGUUACCAUAGUAACUUACUCUAUGAACCUAACCUGGAGCAGGUUUUCUUCGGUAAACCCAGAGUUUCUUUCGGUCUCCUCCCCUUUUUAAACACUUAAUUGAUGCACGCUGAAAAAUGCUCUUCUUACGA